UUUGUACGGAGAAUAAUGACCGAAACGUCACGAUUUAUCGUAGGUCGCGCAGCGAAAAAUCGUGAAGGAAUUUAAUUGCUUUCUCAAAGUCUAUGAGUAGAAAAAAUUUAUCGUUAUUAUUAUGAGAGGCAUUAAUAACACUGACAUUGGAAAGAAGACGAGUGAAUUUUUGCCUUUUCAUUUUCAGGCAAAUCGGCAAAAUACUCGCAUAUCAUAUUCGCGGAUUCGAUUUUUUUUCCACUGAGGAAUUUAUUCGCGGGCCCCUUCUUGUGAUGAAAUGAUAAAAAAAAACGUGAAAAUAAGUAAAAAAUUGAGUGGCCUCAUGGACAAAAGAUGAAAAAACUAGUUUACAGUGUGUGUAUCAGGUGGAAAGAAUCAGCGAGAAUUGUCAAAGGAAUUGGAGCUGCUGAACAUUAGCACAAAGUACAAUGACAGCGCAUCGAAAUUGAAUUUUCAUGAAAAAGAGUUGGCUCCGCAAAUUUAACGAGCUUCAAAGAAACGAGAAGCGAGAACACCGAGUGUUGGAUAAUUUCUAAAUCAUUCCAACUUGACCCGCUGAAGGACACUUAAAUUAAUUAUAAUAAAUAUAAAAUGACAUUCCAUUGGGCAUGAUUGAUCGCGCGCAGAUUGAAUUACGCACAAUUGACAUUGAACAGAAUUUUAUCUCGGACAAAGGGAAUAACGCGACAAGUAAAACGACAUUUCGGGCCAUGGAAGCCCAACGGUAAUACAAUUCGUCUGAUCAGUUAAUCGGAGAAAUUCUGCAGUGUGUGCUUCGAUCGAUUCCACCUAACUACAGCUACAUUUAUAUACGCAACGAACCAAAGAGAGGGGGAAGCCGAAAAGAAAGAGAAGACAGUUUCGAAAUAAAAGCCAAUGUAGCCCGUCCGCUCGAAUCUCCCAACUUCUCCCAAGAGACGAGAGAAUAUUUACCACCUUGUAGAAGAGGGAGAGAGAAACCGGGCAAAUAUACCGGCAGAUCCGACGAGCCUCCUCGUUCGCGCCCUAGUCGAACGGAGACGCGAUCGCGACGAAGGACCGCGCGAGACGUAAGGAGGCUGCGACAGCUGACCACGUUUCCCAGUGAUAUUACACCGGUUCUUUAUCCCAUUGAACAAUAGUGAUAUGCGGAUAUUUACGUUUAUACUAUUGAAUUAUCCGGCCCGGCAAAGAUCGUCGCGUUGAUUUAAAAGCCUAAUUAAUGUACUCGAAUAAUUCGAACGUUAUUCCCGCGAUAAAAGAACAAGCUUGACCGAACGAGUGAUUGAAAAAGUUUCUUGCCAAGUUUCCGAGUGUUUAGCAAUCUUUCAAAAAGUAGCUUUAAUACAAAGAUACAAAAACAAAAGAAAUUUAAUAAGAAUGAAAAAAAAAAUGAGUGAUCGAAUGAUCGAAACGUCGAUGAUCCGUGCACAAAGUUCAUCGAGCAGAGAUUUACCAUCGUGAAUAAAACAAAGUUAGUUAUGUGCGUUCCAAAAUAUAUUUCAUUGCAAAAAUAAUUGAAAAAAGCACUGGCCGUUCUUCGAAAUACUUUCCGCCAGAAACGCGUGUAACGACGAAGCCUGAAAGAGCGCUCGACAGUAUAAAAAUCACUGUCAUCAAGCCGGCCUUCGGAGUUUCUUGACAGAUUGUGAUUCGCAGAUAAUGGGAUUAGUAAACUUGCGGGAGUUGAAGGAACAUAUUUUUAAAAUUAGAGUACCAAAAAUAGAGGGGUCGUUGGAAGUUAAGAAAAAAGAAGAAGAAGAAGAGCCGCAGAAAAAUAUCGAGUUGCCUGCAGUGUCGAGACCCCUCGAACCGCGGGAUACGAAAUCCCGUUAUUGGCCGACGAAACUUGUAGGAGGCAAAUAAUUUAGAAAAAGCGUACAAAAGCGACGGGGAUAUCGCGGGAAGAAUCUUCAGAAAAUUACAGCGUUGGAUAAGAACUUGGUAUUUUUGGCUAACGCAGUAUUUUCUUUCUGAGAAUAAUUUGAAAAAUAAAGUCACAAAUACAAAAGUGGAGCGUGCGCGCACGUGCGGAUCGAAGACUUCAAAACUCACUCGAAAAUCGUUGGUAGCGGAAGUGACAAGUGCGAAGGACGUGACAACGGCAGCGUGCUUACCAGCCGAAAUAUUUUGUCGUGGGAUUACCACGACAUCGGCAUUAUUCCUUCGGCGAUAAAUCUCAAACGGUUUGAAAAGAAGGAUCGCUCGAGGGGAAACGCGAAGCGGCGAAUUUGGAUAAUUUUAAGGAGCUUCCCGAGGCGCCUGCACGGUUUCGCGCCGUGCCGUCAAAUCCUCCAUUCUUUUCUCUUUCAACCUAAGCCGUUAUCCAACAUCUCGUUCUGUUUUAUGUAUUCAUGGAUUAUACCUGAACUCCAUACAUGCAUCAUUGGCACAAAAAAAAAUCUGCUAAAACAUCGAUCGAGUGGAUUUCUCGCGGGAAUUUCGUAGCGAGGAGUUGGAGUAAGAAAAGUUUAAGGAUGAAACUCACGAAAAAAAUAUGGAUACAGGGAUGAUGCAUGGAGCCGAAGGAAUUUGCAUGUGAAGUGCGCGGAUCCGUCGAGACAAACGCCGUUGUGCCAAGGACCGCAGUUUCCAUUUCCCACUCUCUCAUCUCCCAGCGUCUCGUUGGAACCUCUAAAAAAUUCGCCCCAACUUUUGGAUUGUCACAAACGAAGAAAGAGCUUUGGAUAUGACAAGCUGAAACUGAAUUCAAAAUAGCUUUUGCCGUGUUCGACGCUCGACGUUUGAGGCCCUGCUCGCGUAGGCGAAUCGUAGAGAUAAAAAGAAACGUAGAAAAACAAACGCGACAGAAAUAUUCGAGUGAAUAAUCCGGUGGUCGGGCGAUGGGAGGCUUUUUUCACACGUGCAUAAAGUGGCAGAUUUUUUCACCGCUUCGCCUUUCUCCAAGUGUUUGAGAACACAUAAAUAUUUAUUAGCAAACGUCUAUUCGCGAGUCCACUUAUACGCGUACGAUGCAGGAUAUAGAAUUUUCGUUUUAUUGGACGAGACUGAGUGAGGUCAAUUUGGAAUCGUACGAGGAGACAGACUCAACGGAAAAGGCAUGACCCCUCCCAGCGAAUGAAUUACUGUGUGUGUCUCUGUUAAAGCACGUGCAUCGAAGGAACACGCGGUGACGGAGCUGCGUUGUGAUGCUCGUUUACACCGCGAGAGAUCGAGGGAGUUCAUUGUGCAAAGGCGCGAGUAUACACGGCCUCAAGAGCGAGCCUAAUUUACGUGGACAUUUUGGAGAAUAUAGUGGGAUGAUAAAGUGGGGAUGUUCGUCGUAAAAAACAAAUUUAACAUGAUUAUUCGUGCGAGGUGUGGAGUGCAUUAAGACUGUCCGAAGUUUAUGCCGGAAAUAAAGUUCAGCGAAAUCCGAAACAACGAAAUUCGCGACGUUUAUUCAAAUUGGAGGGAAAUUGGUUGAUGAAAGAGCGCUCCGAAAGUCUGAGAUUCGUCAGUGUAACGAGUGGCAUCAGUGCGGCUUGAUAUUCCUCAAAAAAUACGAAACGGUCAAUUUCGUGUUUGUUUUCCGACCGAUCAUUUGCCAAGUGCAACUGUUUUCUUUCGAAAAAACAUGAUCGAGGGCAGCGCCGCAAUGCCAGAAAUCGUGCAAGUGGACGAUACGAUCAGGGACGCGCGAGGCGAUCGAUCGACGAUCGAUAUUUUUCCGUUUGCCGUUACAAACUCACUGGAAGCAGGAGGUUCGAGGUUGCAGGAAAAUUACACGGCUGCGAUGAACGCUUUAUUGACGAGCGAAUCCUCAACGGCAGUCGUCAAUCAGCAACGCGAUUCCCUAUACAUCGUGGUGCCCAUUACAGUCAUCUACGUACUUAUUUUUUUCACCGGCCUCAUCGGCAACGUCUCCACUUGUGUCGUUAUCGCUCGGAACCGAUCGAUGCACACGGCGACCAAUUACUAUCUCUUCAGUCUCGCCAUAUCCGAUCUGCUGCUCCUCAUAUCCGGCCUACCGCCGGAAAUGUAUUUCAUUUGGUCUCACUUUCCAUACGUAUUUGGUGAGAUAUUCUGCAUCAUACAGAGCUUCGCUGCUGAAACCUCGGCCAAUGCGACUGUCCUCACUAUCACAGCUUUCACCGUCGAGAGAUACGUGGCAAUUUGUCAUCCUUUCCUCUCUCACACAAUGUCGAAGCUUUCGAGGGCGGUGAAAUACGUAAUUCUGAUCUGGCUGCUGGCACUCUGUCUCGCGAUACCCCAAGCCAUACAAUUUGGCGUUGUUUUCAUUCGGGAUGAGAAUGGCACGGCUGUGCCAGGGACGGACACGUGUUCGAGAAAGUGGGUUAUCAUUCAGCACGCUUUCGAGAUAUCGACGAUACUAUUUUUCGUCGCACCGAUGACCAUUAUAACCGUUCUUUACGUCUUGAUCGGUAUCAAACUCCGGAGAUCGAGGUUGCUCACUUCCGCGAGGAGGAACCAACCCGUGGGGAGCGGGACUAACCGCUCGGAGUACGGAAGGGGACGGUGCGCCUCCCAGAGAAACGUUAUAAGAAUGCUAGUCGCUGUUGUCGUCGCGUUUUUCAUAUGCUGGGCACCGUUCCACGCUCAAAGGCUCUUGGCAGUUUACGCACAGAGCAGCGAAGAAGAAUCCCAAGCAGCUCUGAGCACGGUUUACACAGUCUUGACAUACGUUUCCGGGGUGUUUUACUACCUAUCGACGACUGUUAAUCCGCUUCUCUACAACAUAAUGUCGAACAAGUUUCGCGAAGCAUUCAAGAGUAUGCUGUCGGAACAUUGCGGAAGUAGAAGAUCGUUGCAGACGAAAGACAUGCGACGACAAACGUACAGCAGCCUAUCGCGUUACGGAAAGUCGACGUUCAAACGAGCCGUUGACAGAAAUUCAGCAUCGCUCUCAGCGAGCGAAGAAAUUCAGAAGCUUCCUACGGUUACGCGUACCGACGUCGGCCUGCAACGCUCUCUCCUCCGCAAUUACGAGUCUUCUCCCCUCGUCAAUGAUCAAUCGAGGCUCAAUCUCGUUCCUGGAAACAGCAACGAGUCCCGGAAAGAAUACCAACGAUCGAACGGUCGGGGGAGCAAUAACAGAUCGGCGACACCUUCCUCUGAGCCAAGCAGUCAAAUCUCCAGUCCAAUCGUAUCACGCGAGGUGAAAAACCUCAAUUUGUCCAACAGGAACGACGUCGGAGUUCCUCGUUACUUGAGCAAGAGUCAUCGACCAGUUUUGAAAACCGUCACUUUAGGUCUCAUAGCCGAGAGAUUGCGCUUCGGUACGAGAAGUUUAUUCGCGAAUCAACGCCAAAGACCAACGAAUCAAGAGGAUCAGGCGCAACAGCAGCGAUCGAAUCAAGGGGCGAUCAACGCGAGGACGGAAGUUCCACCGCGAAUUAUCCCCAAAUUCCAGUCUCAACCGAGCAUCGAGAGUGCAAACACGAUAAGCAACUCGAGUCUGCAGGACCUCGGGGAAACGGAAUUCACCGGAUCGGAGCUCGCGAAUUACAUGGGCGAGCUGAACUUUGAUCUCGUUACUUGACAAGUUACAAAGUUGUGAUUCGUCGAUUACAGAGACAUCAAUGUGAAUUCCAUGGUCCGUGAGAGCCCGUCCAACUUCACCACCACUUUCGUCCAAUCUUCAGUAUACUUAAGAACUUUAAAACAAGCAUAUGAACAAAAAAAUCAAUGUCGAUUUGAUCGUAGAGAGAAAGAGGGAGAAAGAAAAAACAAUAAUAAAAGCCCAAGAAGACUCUGCCUCUUCGGGCUUUCUCGGUGAAAAAGUCUCUCCCUGCACGAGAGACAACCUCGAGAUUACAUUAAUGCAUGUGUAACUGCUCAGUGAGUCAAGCUGCUCGAGUACAAAACUCCAUAAACACUGAGGAUCAAUCGAACUUCAAUAAACUGAACACAAAUUGAACAUUGUUUAGCGAUUCGAAGAUUCAACUAAACACCGUUUAACCAUUGAUUCGUCAAAGGCAAGUAGCAUUCCCAAAACACUCGUUUUUCGAGAUAAAUUGUGAUUAAUUAGAUCCUGUGAUUAAAAGAAUAACAACCGCACGAGAUUUGUUUUAGUUGUUACGUUAGCUGAAAACGACUCCACUACGAGUGAAUUAUUAUUUAAUAUACUUAUAAAAAGAUCGUUUAUAAUAAGUAAUAAUAAUUAUAUUAAUCAUCAUUACUAUUAUAUUAUUGCCAGAAUUUAGAUGUUUCCAAUAAAUGCACUCGAGAAAUAGAGACUUUUUCAAUCGUUAUUGUUCGAUCACAUUAUUGUUUCGUGCCAAUAAUUCAAUCAACGUCUAUUCUAUACACUGUACCAUAAUGUUCGUGUUUUUUUUUAAGAGUUUGAAAAAACUUGAAUCAUAUUAAUGUACUGUGCGGAAAAGUUUCAAUGAAUUAUUAAAGCAUCGUCGUUAGUUUAA